AUGAAGAUUAUGCUCACAUGUGCAGCUCUGCAUAGCUGUUUCCUUGGAGACAAUGGUGGUUCCUUAAAGAAUACAUGGAAAUACCUGGUUAACCAUCAGUUUUCUGCUUCUCUUAUCCAGAAGAUAGACUAACUGCUUUUUAACAGCUCCCCAUUGUAUUCCAACAUGUCUCUACCAGCUUAAACCAUUUCCUAAAAUGGUCCUUUUGCUGAUCCUUGCAAUCCUGUUAUUGAAGGAGGAUGUCAACAGGAACUUUGGACUUUUGGUUUCUGCACAGACCAAUGAAAGAAGGGUGGUUGCAUAUAUGCCUGGUGAUAUCAUUAUUGGAGCUCUGUUUUCAGUUCAUCAUCAGCCAACUGUUGACAAGGUCCAUGAGAGGAAAUGUGGAGAGGUAAGGGAGCAAUAUGGCAUACAGAGAGUGGAGGCAAUGCUUCAUACCCUUGACAGAAUUAAUUUGGACCCAACACUGUUGCCAAAUAUAACAUUAGGCUGUGAAAUAAGAGACUCAUGUUGGCAUUCUGCUGUGGCUCUGGAGCAAAGCAUUGAGUUUAUAAGGGACUCUCUUAUUUCGUCGGAAGAAGAGGAAGGGCUGGUACGCUGUGUUGAUGGAUCUUCAUCAUCUUUCCGCUCCAAAAAACCGAUUGUUGGUGUCAUUGGACCUGGUUCUAGUUCAGUAGCAAUCCAAGUCCAGAACUUGUUGCAGCUUUUCAAUAUACCUCAGAUAGCUUAUUCUGCCACAAGCAUGGACUUAAGUGACAAAACUCUGUUCAAAUACUUCAUGAGAGUCGUUCCAUCUGAUGCACAACAAGCUCGGGCCAUGGUGGACAUUGUCAAACGGUAUAACUGGACCUAUGUUUCUGCUGUGCAUACCGAAGGUAACUACGGUGAAAGUGGAAUGGAAGCUUUUAAAGAUAUGUCAGCCAAGGAGGGGAUCUGCAUUGCACAUUCCUACAAGAUCUACAGUAACGCUGGUGAACAGAGUUUUGACAAACUGCUGGGAAAACUAAGGAGCCAUCUACCCAAGGCAAGAGUGGUUGCCUGCUUCUGUGAGGGCAUGACUGUGAGAGGGCUACUUAUGGCCAUGAGGCGUCUGGGGCUCGCUGGAGAAUUUUUGCUUCUAGGCAGUGAUGGCUGGGCAGACAGGUACGAUGUGACAGACGGAUACCAGCGUGAAGCUGUUGGUGGAAUAACAAUCAAGCUUCAGUCUCCUGAUGUGAAAUGGUUUGAUGAUUAUUACUUGCAGCUUCGGCCAGAAACCAACCACCGAAACCCAUGGUUUCAGGAAUUCUGGCAGCACAGGUUCCAGUGUCAACUGGAGGGGUCUCCUCAACAGAACUUUAAAUACAACAAGACUUGCACCAGUGAGAUGACUCUUCAAACGCAACACGUUCAGGAUUCUAAAAUGGGAUUUGUAAUCAAUGCAAUAUAUUCCAUGGCCUAUGGUCUCCACAACAUGCAGACGUCAUUAUGUCCAGGCUAUGUGGGCCUCUGUGAUGCUAUGAAGCCAAUAGAUGGUCAAAAACUUCUAGACUCUCUCAUGAAGACUAAUUUUACCGGAGUUUCUGGGGACAUGAUCUUGUUUGAUGAGAAUGGAGACUCACCAGGAAGAUAUGAGAUCAUGAAUUUUAAGAAGAUGGGGAAGGAUUACUUUGACUAUAUCAAUGUUGGAAGCUGGGACAAUGGGGAACUGAAAAUGGAUGACGACGAAAUAUGGUCUGAGAAAAAUAUUAUCAUCAGAUCGGUCUGCAGUGAACCAUGUGAAAAAGGCCAGAUAAAGGUGAUCCGUAAAGGAGAAGUCAGUUGCUGUUGGACUUGUACCCCUUGUAAAGAGAACGAGUAUGUCUCUGAUGAAUACACCUGCAAUGCAUGCCAACUAGGCUCCUGGCCCAAUGAUGAACUUACAGGUUGUAUCCUCAUCCCAGUCCAGUAUCUCAGAUGGGGUGAUCCUGAACCAAUUGCAGCAGUUGUUUUUGCCUGUCUGGGUCUGCUGGCCACACUGUUUGUUACAGCUAUAUUCAUCAUGUACCGUGAUACACCAGUGGUCAAGUCAUCCAGCCGAGAACUCUGCUACAUUAUUCUAGCUGGCAUAUGCCUGGGUUACUUGUGCACCUUCUGUCUCAUUGCAAAGCCUCAGCAGAUUUAUUGUUACCUUCAAAGGAUUGGCAUUGGUCUCUCCCCGGCUAUGAGUUAUUCCGCCCUAGUGACUAAAACCAAUCGCAUUGCAAGAAUCCUGGCUGGCAGCAAGAAGAAAAUCUGUACUAAGAAACCUAGGUUCAUGAGUGCCUGUGCCCAGCUGGUGAUUGCAUUUAUCUUAAUUUGUAUACAGUUAGGCAUAAUUGUUGCCCUUUUCAUAAUGGAACCUCCAGAUAUAAUGCACGAUUACCCAAGCAUCCGAGAGGUUUAUUUGAUUUGUAACACCACCAACCUAGGUGUUGUAACUCCUCUUGGAUACAAUGGAUUGUUAAUUUUAAGUUGCACCUUUUAUGCAUUUAAGACAAGAAAUGUUCCAGCUAAUUUCAAUGAAGCAAAAUAUAUUGCCUUUACAAUGUAUACCACCUGCAUCAUUUGGCUGGCUUUUGUACCAAUAUAUUUUGGGAGCAACUACAAGAUAAUCACCAUGUGUUUCUCAGUCAGCUUGAGCGCCACCGUGGCCUUGGGCUGCAUGUUUGUGCCCAAGGUGUACAUCAUCCUUGCUAAGCCUGAAAGAAACGUACGCAGCGCAUUCACCACAUCCACCGUGGUUCGCAUGCACGUUGGUGAUGGAAAGUCAUCUUCUGCUGCAAGCCGCUCCAGUAGCCUGGUGAACCUGUGGAAAAGAAGGGGAUCAUCUGGUGAAACACUUAGGUACAAAGGCAGGAGACUGGCCCAGCACAAGUCGGAAAUAGAGUGUUUCACCCCAAAAGGGAGUAUGGGCAAUGGUGGGAGAGCUACAAUGAGCAGUGAAGAAUCUGUUCGCAUUCCAGAGUGUAAUCGAUCUGAGUCAAGUAGAGAUGGGAAAGAGAUUCCUGGUAAAGAUGAUGCCCUAAUAGUCAAAAAGACUGGAAACUUUAUCAAUGUAAUAGUCCCACAGAAAGACUGUCAGCUUCAAGACCUGCUCAAACACUCUAAUGGGAAAUCAGUCUCGUGGGCCCAGAACGAGAAGAGCAGUAGAGGAGCACACCUUUGGCAAAGGCUAUCAAUCCACAUCAACAAAAAGGAGAAUCCCAACCAAACUGCAGUGAUCAAGCCCUUUUCUAAAAGCACAGAUAGUAGCCGACAUAGCAGCAGCACCACUAUCCCCGAGACCAGUGCCAAAAUGCUGUAUGAUGUCUCAGAAGCAGAGGAGCAUUACCCAGCUCAGUACCGGCCACAAACCCCCUCGCCUAUCAGUACGGUAAGCCACAGAACUGCCUCCGUUAGCCGAACAGAUGACGAUGCCCCUACUUUCCAGACGGAGAAUGCCCAGAGAAGCAGCUCCUCUCAAGGUUCCCUGAUGGAGCAGAUCAGCAGUGUGGUCACACGCUUCACAGCCAACAUCAGCGAGUUAAACUCUAUGAUGCUUUCCACCACCACACCGGGGGCCAUGGUGGCCACUCCUCUCUGUUCUUCAUACCUGAUUCCAAGGGAAAUCCAGCUUCCUACCACAAUGACCACAUUUGCAGAGAUCCAACCACUCCCUGCCAUUGAAGUCAAUGGUGCAUCCCAAUCAGCUAGGAAACCUUCAAAUGGCAGCAUCAAGGAAGGUACUUCAGAGGCCCCACCACCGGCAAAGCAAGAUCUUGAGGAGUUGGUAGCUUUAACUCCUCCCUCCCCUUUUAGAGACUCCAUUGAUUCAGGGAGCGCAUCUCCCAGCUCCCCGGUGUCUGAAUCAGCUCUCUGCAUCCCUUCCUCCCCGAAGUAUGACACGCUUAUCAUCAGAGAUUACACUCAGAGUUCUUCUUCGCUGUGAAUGUAGUUCGAGACAACCCUGGAUCUCAACAGCUAUGAGCAAAUAGAAAGGGGACAUCCAAGCCUUCAAGAUCUCCCGUGCUUACACAGGUACAAUGGCAGGCGUUGGGUCAUCUUGUGAAGAACAGAGUAGGAGAAACAGAAUCAUUUGAAAUGGAAACAUCAGAUGUAUGAUUUUAGAGACAAAAAUGUAUUUGUGGCAGAUAUUCGUGGCCUUAAAAAACAUGGGCUUUUAAGAAACACUGCAUCUAUUUUUGAGGGCUUAAAAGGAGUCUGUUAAAUCAGUUACAUACCAAGUGCUUUGCUUUAGUAUAACAACGAACCAUGUGUAAAAUAUAUGAAAAGGGUAAAUUGUAAGCAACUGUACCAUGUUUUGUUUGUUUACUCUGAUUCCAUAUCCAGAAGUGAACCUUGAUCUUUUAUCAAGAACAGAAGACCAAACAUUGAAUGUACAUUUUCUAACAGACUCAAAAUCUGGGACCAAAAUGCCAGGCUUUCUUUUCUUUUUCUAUGAAGAUCUCAAGAGGCAGUAUUGUAUGUUCUGUAACUACCAAACUUUUUGCUGAAGCAUAUUGUGUACCCGAUACACUACGCAUGGAUAAUAAUAAGCAGAGGCUUUGCAGCGAGUGACUGCAAUACAGAGGGCUUAACAAGCGACUUCUCAAGAUUACAAAUUUGUUUAUGUGAAAUUCUCUUCUCUAAGUAUCAAAAAUUCAGUUUGUUAACAUUGGAUUCACCUUCACAGCAACAAAACCUGAGGAAGAUUUCCUGACUAUUUCACCAUGUUGCCAACUAAUAAUGAAGUAGCAAAAAAAAUAUUUUCUGGAGUACUGUUUUGUAAUUCCCGUAUCAGGGCAAGUUGUUGAGAAAACUGCUUUGAUUUAUGGACAGAUCAAGUGAGUGGUUUGCCUGCAUUUCUAGAAUAUUGUCUCCUUUUCAGAUAGUCCCGUAUUUCAAAGGGCUGAUCAGUAACAUGAACAGAUCUCCCCUGCCUCUCCCUAAACAUUUAGGCCUCAUUUAUGUAGGCCUUUCUUCUGUUGGCAGCACAUAUAUCAGUAUCCCUACUGAAACCUCUGGGAUUAAUUUCACAAGGGAUAGCCGACAGCAUACAACUGGGCCCUUAAAAUAUAUUGUUAAUUGAUCUUCUUUAAGAACUUAGGAGCAUGAAGGGAAGGCUAUCAAACCAUACUUCAGCAUACAUAAUACAUCAUCUGCCCUGCAUCUCCCAAAUCAUAAUUUAGAAAACUACUUCAAUCUGAUUGGCCACAGCUUCCAUUCAGAGUUUAUUUGUUAAUUUUUUAUCUCACCAAGAAAUGAUUUAUCCCUCAUUUUAAUGGUGGUUAGAUACCAUGCUAUCUUUUGAUUGAGUAGGUUCUUUCUGAAACACUAACCAGAUAUUAAACACCCUUUUGUUUUUUCUCACUAAGGGCAGAAUUCUGUAUCUCUUGUACAUCCAUCAGCAACAGUGAGUUGUGAGUGCACAAGGAUUGACCCUGUUGAAACUGUACUUCUCUUCUCUCUUUUAAUGAGCAGUUAUUGCUAGUCAAUCUGCAAUGAAAAACAGCUUAUUAUUAACACUAGGCAUAGAAUGACUGAACAUAUUUCAGACGGGCAAGCUGGUCUGUAUGGGCAUUUAUUUGAAUAUUACGGGAACAAAGGGAAGUUGUUGAGGAUUGAAAUAGGAGCAAAAGAGAGGUUUGAAGCACUGGAAGAGUGCAGAGACAGCCUGCUGGGCCUGUAGGAACCUAAGCAAGAGCCAAAAAGAGUAGGUAGGGGAGAAGGGAAAGAAAAUGGAGGUUACAAUUAUCAUUUAUAUCUACUUCCACACGUAUGUAUUAGGACUUCUGAAGGAUACCCAAAAUCACUUGCACGAUUUAUUCUUUGGCCCAGCCCUUGAUGAGUAGAGAUGUGACCCAUCUCUGGAAGCUGUGCUAAUAAAAUAAAGUGGUCAGCUCUGGCAAUCUAGUUGCAUCAUAUGCAGAAAAAGCUAUAAAUAGAAACAUCUGCAUAGGAAAAUCAUCUCUGAAGAAUACAUGAUUUUGGAGAUGUGUCCCUUUUACUUCUAUCUAAAUACUUAGUGGCUGGCUCCCUAUGGGUAGCACAGACCAGAGGCCCUGGUCUGUGAAGCAUCCGUUUAUGCCCUAUGGAGACUUGUUUGAUCUCAUGGUGUUGGGUUUUACUCCUGAUUUCCAAUCUGAAUUAAAAGACAGCUUAAUUUGUUUUCUUGCUUGAGCAUAUAUGUAUGUCACAAUCAGAAAGGGGAGAGAACGUUAUCUAUAGAGAGCGUGAACAUGCAGACAGGUGAUCUGUGAACUAGUAUCUGGAUUCCAUUGCGGUUCACUCCAUAAAAAUAUUUGGGAAACUUGAGCUGAGAGA